AUGGCGAAGAUCAAAUCUGCGGAAGGAGAAAAGCAAAAACUGAAGAAAAAGGCCAGAAGGCUGGAGCCGCAUGCAGCAGCUGCAGGAGCUGCUGCAGCUGCAGAGCAGCCGAGCUCCACGUACACUCCGGGGACUUUGACUUCGCUCCUCCAGUCUGCAGCAGCAGCAACAGCAGCAGCAGCAGCAGACAGCUGCAACAGCGCAGCAGCGCAGCAGCUCAAAAGGAAGAAACGCGAAGCCGCCGACAGCGCAGCAGAAAAAAAGAAAAAACAAAAGACAGAAAUUCCAGCAGCAGAAGAUGCAGGGCUUGAGAAAAUAAGAACCAUUUUUGGUCAAGCUUCGCAGAGCAGCAGCAGCAGCAGCAGCAACAGCAGCAGUAGCAGCAGCAGCAGCAACGGUGCAGCAGCCGCGGCUGGAACUCGUGCAGAGAGCGCUGCUAUCGGCAAUUCAGCACACAGACAGAAGAGGGGAGCGAAGGCCAUAGUAUCUGCCGCAGCAGCAGCAGGAAAAGCAGAAGCAGCAGCAGCAGAAGCAGCAGCAGCAGCAGCAGGCAAGAGGAAGCGCUCCCCAAAGGCCGAUGACGCAGCAGCCGCUACUGCGGGGAACGCACCAGGCGGUGAACCCCAAGCAGCAGCAGCAGCAGCAGCAACAGCAGCAGCAGCAGCAGCAGAAACGCGAGAAGAAAAAAAUAAACGGACUUUAUUUGUUGGAAAUUUGCCAGUUAGAGAUCAGUUUAAACCUGCUGAGCUGUACAGACACCUCGGACUCGAGAAGUCCCAAGUCGAAUCCAUGAGGCUACGCUCCGUUCCUGUGGCGGCUCAAUUCCAAAACUGCCGCCGCGCUGCCAUUGCGAGGAAGCAAUUCAGUUCUUGUGACAUCCAAAAUGCGUAUAUAGUUUUAAAAGACGAAAGUUUGCUCAAAACGAUUUUGAAGAAAGAGCUGCUGCCGUUCAGGGGCCGCGAGCUGCGAGUUGACGCUGCUGCUCGUUUUGGCUUUUCUUUAUUCGACAGAAAAAGAACUAUUUUUGUCGGAGGCCUUUCUUUGGCUUCGUCUGUUUUGCUGACAGAGCAGCAGCAGCAAAAGCUCUCCUCGCCAGCAGCAGCGUUGCGAGCGAAAGCAGCACUUAAGGAGAAGCAGCAGCGGAGUGGUGAGUUGCUGCUGCUUUCUUUAUUUUUAAAAAGUCGUUUGCCGCCGGCAGUGAGGAGAAUGCUGGAGCGGAAGGAGCGUAAGAGAGCAAAAGGCCGGAGGCCCAAAGCAGCUGCGGUUGCUGCAGCAGCAGCAGCAGAAGCAGCCGCAGGAAAUAAAGCAGCAGCAGCUAAAUAUAGAUGCGUCCCCAGCAAAAGAGGGAGAAGGAGAUAA